AUGAAGACUAUCGAGGAAGCUAGAAUAGCGAAUGAGACGUUAGUAGUGUUUGUAGGCGACCAUGGUCAAGCAUUCGCCGAGGAUUCCCAUAUCACAGAAACCUUUGAGAAUGGACACAUCAGCAACUAUCGCGUUCCCUUGGUGUUCCGCCAUCCUUUGCUGCCGCGGAUAAAUGUAGCGGCCAAUGCGUCUUCCGUCGCUAUUCUUCCAACCAUCUUGGAUCUGCUGAUUUAUACGGAUUCAUUGAAUGACAUUUAUAAAGACGCGGCUUCUGGUCUCAUUCACGAGUACGAGGACCAAUCACUGAUCCUGCCUUACAAGGCCGCCCAAAACGGCCGCGAGGCAUGGAAUAUUGGCAUCAUCAGCACUGGCGGGACAGUGUUGGGUGUUGCAUCAGCAGCUGUUCCUUAUCGACUAGUUCUGCCGCUGACCGAAGAUUUCACUUACAUCUUCUCAGGCCUGUCGCAAGACCCCAACGGGUCGACGUGGUUGAGUACUGGGAUUUGCAUUCUCUACGCCAUCGCCGAAAGCCUGAUCUUUCCCACAGUAUCACAGGCCAAGCUAAACAUCGAGGACGGGGUAUGGUAUCUAAGACAACAGAAGGUACCAGGUUAUAAAUUGGACAGCUGA